UUUCAAGUAUUAUUUAUUUAUUUUGUGCAUAAACUAUUUUUUGUGCAAUGCAAUGCAAUUUCGUGUGUAGUGUAUGCAGUUGUAAGGUGUAUUUUAUCUGUAGAGAUCCGGAACUAAAUAGAUACGAUAGAUCAUACAUUCAUUGCAAUUCAUCGUUACAAAAGGUUGGAAUUGCCAAGCACUUAAAUGAACAGAAAAGUGAGAGAUUGAAGUUGUUUAUUUUAUUUGUGAAGUAAAUACCUGUGUAAUAAGACCUGGGUUACUAUUAUAGGCGUAUAACAUUGAAUUAAACUACUGCAUAAAGGAAUUCAAAGCUUGUGGGUUGCACAAAAUUUUAAAGGUAUAUUUUACUUUAUAAAUAGGUACCCUAUUUAUAUGAAAGAUUCAUAAAAUGUCUUCUCUACUGAAUGAGGAUGUCGUUCGUGCAUUAAUCAGGAAUUCUACUGUGCCUGUUGUAUUCCGAGACUUUGUAAAGAACUGGCCUAUGUGUCAGUGGACAGUAGAUAAAUGGAGUUCACUAUUUGGUGAAAAAGUAAUUCCAUUUCGUUGUCUGAAUAGGGGCUUUGUUUCUGAUGAGCCCUGCUGGGAACGAAGGUGCGAUAUGAAAUCAGUGACUUUUAAGCAAUUUCUUAAUACUCUUGAUAUAACUGAAGAAUGGAUGUAUUUUGAUUACAAGUAUUUGCACCAAUGGUUUGAUGGAGAUACAGAAUUGUUUAAGGAAGUUAGUUGGAAACAGUUUGGGUUCGCAGACAAGGGUCCCACAGAUACUACUGUGUGGGUCGGCAGCAGUGGCGCACACACACCAGCCCACCAGGACACAUAUGGUGUUAAUAUUGUUGCUCAAGUACACGGAAAGAAGCGUUGGAUUCUGUUUCCACCUGACACAGCAGGAAUGAAGCCAACUAGAGUGCCUUACGAAGAAUCAAGUGUUUACAGCGAGCUAAAUUUCUACUGUCCUAACAAUUUAAAUGUUUUCAAUGGUUUGUCCGGGGCUCACGUGGUGGAGCUGUCGGCGGGCGACGCGCUGCUGGUGCCCCGCGGCUGGUGGCAUUACGUGCAGAACAUGGACCCUCUGAAUAUCACUCUCAACGUGUGGUUACCGCAUGAAAAGGACGCGUCCGCUCGAGUAUCAGAAGCUCUGAUUAAAAUACUAGUGGCUCAGAUCUGCAAGGACUUGCCGCACGAGACUGCGAAGCUUCUAGUCAACCCUAACGAGGACGAUAUUGCCGAUACUCCACUCGCAGUCCUAUUUCUGCAACUAGAGACAGUCUCUAACCUAUACAUGGACAGCAAACGCAAGACGCGUCGAAUGAAGCGUCAGAAGACGUGUGAAGGAGACCCCACACCCUCUGAUUCUGAAGAUUGCGACGUCAGCGCCAUUUUGGAAAACUCUGCGAAUAAACUAGAGGUACCCCAAAGCAUUAGUACCGUAGAUUUGAUAAACUUAAUCAACGAUAACAUAAAAAAAUAUGCUAAUACGAAUAAAUCUUUUGACGAGGACGAGGUAGAUGGCGCCACUGCCAAUCUUUGUUUGACCAAAGCUGUGAUUGACGCGUUCAGUCAGAGCAACGUUAUAGAGCUGGUUAAGCAGAAUAUGUUAAGUAGACUGAGUUAGAUACUGCAGUUUGUUGAUAUGUUUGCUUUUUUAGUUUUACCUCUACACUUUAGAUAUAAGGUUUAGAAUUAUUUCUCUAUUGUCAAGCGGAAUAUAAGCUAACUCAAAGCGCUGACACAAAUUAUAAAGAGCAGUUACACUGUCCUGAUUGCAAUUACAUUUCAUUAGACUUAAAUUUUAUUUCAAAUUAUAUAUUAAAAGAUUGUAUGGUCCGCUAUUGACGAAAAAUAUAGAGAAGUGACUUAUGUUCUCGUAAGAUAGUUUUAUUUUUUAAUUUAUUUAUUGCGGCAACUGACAAUUUUUCUACACAUGUUUCAUAAUAAAAGAAAUGUUUUAGUAGAUAUUAGAUAGCACUCAAUGCUCCCUUUUAUCUUACAACUGUUGAUUGGAAUAUUUCAUUAAUGUGAUAUUAGUAUCAUAAAUAAAGUAGGUAGUCGUAAAGGUCAUGUCAGAUGCCGUUAGGCGACUUGAAUAAAAUCUGACACCAGUGUUAGCAAUUAAAGAAAUAGUACGACAAAGUAAGGGCGUAUUUUUAGAAAUCUCAUCUUUUGACGCUUUAGUAUUAUUUAAGUACGUAUUAAAAGUUGUUGCAAUAUAAGGAACUUAUUCCCGGCGCAGAGCGAGUUUGAAUAAUAUAUUCCUUGAGGUUAAUAUGGUCUGUAACAAAUUCGAUGUGGCUUAGUCUCAUUGAAUGAGUAGAUAAUCGAAAUUUUUUGAUAAUUUUACUGUUUAAAUUUCCUUUACUAAUCUACCCAGUAAGUUAAUUGGGAAGAAAAUUCGUUCGACUAGUAAAUCUAAUCGGUGGAACUCAGUAGAUCUAUCGUUUAAUUGGACUCAUUAGUCCUAGCCAUUAGUGUAACCAGUGGAAUGGCCGCAUUUUGUGGCGGUUACGCAUCAUAUCUCGCUCGCAUAACAAUCCUACUAAUAUUAUAAAUACGAGUUUGUGAAAAUAGUGUAUGUUAUGUUUGCUACUCUUUCACACAAAAUGUACUGGACCGAUUGUUAUGAAACUUGGUACUCGGGUAGAAUAUAACCUGUAUUAAUACAUAUCCCGAAAUUCCCACGGGAGCGAAACCCAGGGGGCACAGCUAGUAAUAGAUAGAUGUAAACACUGCCAAUGUUGUUAGUUUUAUAAACUUUCACUAGUCCUAGUGUUAACGAGUCAAAUUGUCAAAUUACGGAUAUAAUGCAAUUUUUUUUGACGUUUUCUAUAAUAAUAUUAUAUUUAUUACACAUUGUCAUUACGUAAAACAUUUCGAUAUUUUCUAAAUAUGUAAUAGUAAAAUGUGCUAUUUGCAAUAAUAUUUUUAAGAUAGUUUUGUUUAUAUUACAUUACAUUACAAUAUUUGAAUUUAAAUACUAUUUUUGAAAUAUAUAUUCUUCUAU